GACUUGAUAUUUUCUGAUUUUAGCAUGUAAAGUGAGAAAGUGUGGGUGUUAAUUCCUUACUACACAAUAUGGAAAUUGACAGUGAUAUAUCCUCUGGCGAGGAGGAAACUUUGACAGCUGGGGAAGUGCUCCAAAUCUUAGAAGAAUCUUGGCUGAACGAAAAAUUUAGUCCAGAAAUUUUACCACACCGAAACGAAAUGGUUGAGUGUAUGCUGGAACAAAUUAAUCAGAUGGAAGAAAAUUUGAAUAAACUUAAAAAAGGUGAUUUUCGUGUUAUAGUUCAUCAGAUGGAGCUAGAUAGGAUACGCUUCAUCAUCACUAGCUAUCUAAGGAUACGUUUAUCAAAAAUUGAGGAAUUUACCGUUCAUAUUCUGAGCGAGGAAAGUAGGCGGGAUCAUGCAUCUAAAUAUUUGUCACCAGGUGAAUACAAAUUCGCUACCGAAUAUGUUCGCCACAUGGAAAACCAUUUUCAUCUGCUAGCCUUUCGUCACAUGCCCGGAAAUUUUCAGGAAUUCAAUAAAACUAAGAUGGUUGUUGUCCCCAAUGUGUCAAGUCAUGUAUUCAUUCGUGCCAAAGAGAACAUUGCAACAGUAGUAAUAGAUGACGAAGAAAUAGAUCUGGAAGAAAACAGUCAGCAUAUCCUGCCGUAUUCAUCAGUGAUGGAAUUUGUUCGGAGUGGGUCAGUCCAGCUCAUUUGAGGACCAAAACUGUGUGCUGCUGGUGUUAUUGCAAUGUGCAACUUCAGCCCAUUAAGUUACAGUGCCUAUGGACUGAAAUUCUUAAUUAAGCUAAUAU